AUGGACAAUCUUUUUGAUGCAGUUGAACUGAUGUUUGAUAGGGAUGCGUCGGAUACUCAGAAUUUCAUUGGAUUUAAAGGGACAAAUGAUUAUUUGAAAGUAUUCGAGAAAAUGACGAGAAUGAUGAAUUCGAAAGGUGUACACUUUGAGUUUUAUCUAGGUGUUGAAAAAAUGGCCGAGAUCGCUCGUUUCAAAGAUCAAGAUCUAGCGAUUCUGAAAAAGUGGAAAACAGAAAUCCAAGCAUGUUUUCAAACAUCGAAACUGAAACUGUCCAAUUUCGACACUUAUCAAAAAGAAAUGUGUGCAACUGAAAAAGUGAUUCGAAAGUUUUUCGAAGUUUCUAGAGAUCUCUCACAUCUCAAAGAUCAUUUACUUUCCAAGGCGACACCUAACAAUAAUAGAUUGAGGUAUUACAUUGAUCUUUUAAAUGAUGUAACAGAUGAGAUCGACUACGGUUUGAAACAGAAGUUAACACCUUUGGAAAUUUUCAAUUGGAUAAAAAACAGAGUAGACGAAGUGCAAAAACGAGUUCAAGAUUUGGAGCCUUUAGCUAAUUUGGACUUUUUUGAGACUUUAGAAAACGUCGCAAAAUUGGUGAAGAAGAUGGCGGAAAUGAAGCAAUCGACGACAAGUACUAAAGAGAAAUUGAAAAUAGAUGAAAAUAAAUUAAUUGAAGAAAUGGACCUAGUUAAUAUUGCAAAUUGUCUGAAACAAAAUGAAUCAAGGUUGGAUUCAUUGGAAAAGGUAAAAACUCAACUGGCUCCAGUUGAGAAGAGCAUCAAUCAAAUUUCCAACUCUGCCUACUCCAAAGAUUCUAAAAAUCUAAUUCUAUCACUCAAAGAAGCCAAAACGCUAUCCCAGGACAUCGGAGCAAAUGUCAGAAUCCUAGAAGAUGCUGAAAGAAUACGUCAGAAUCGAAGUCUUUUAACGAAUAUUCCACAGUUUCCGGAAGAGAUAAAAUUUUUGAUCUACAGAGCAGGGUUGGCGCAGUGGGCGGAUCCAUCGAUACAAUUGAAGGAAAUGCUGGGGAAAAUAGAGAAACUAGAAAGAAUUUCUGGGAAAGUUCGAAGCGAAAGUGUUUUGGAAAUGACAAAGAUAUUUGAAGAAGCUGCCGAUAUAACGGGAAUUUCUGGAAGUUGGACAUCUCUGAAUCAGUUUUCUAUCGCCCUCAAAGAAUCUCAUCUCAAGGACAAAAAUGCGUCUAUGAACUACUUUUCGGAUGUUGUUUCACUGGGUGUCGAUUUUGAAUUUUCCAACCACCAGACGCGUUUGAGAACUUCCAGAACGAUUGUUCUAUCUCUGGUACAGUACUUUGAUGAAAUUUUCGGACACUCAAAACCCAAAACUGUAACCAUCGAAAAGCAUGUCGAAACUGCUUCUCUGGCCAUGAUUAUUGGGAUUUGCAUUGGGAUAGUUUUUGUGAUUCUCCUGGCAACGCUAUUCAUGGACCAGACUAACAUGAAAAAUUCAAUUCAAGACGCUGUCCGGGAAGUGAAUCGCACUAACUUGUUGUUGGUCCUCAAAAAUGGAGCAUAUGUGAAUGUGAACAAGAAUAAAACGGAUCAACAAAUGAUUCCAACCAAAUAUCAAAACAGCGACAAAGCCGCCGAGUUCUCAAGAAUCGAUCAAAUUUACAAAAAGUACAGUAAAUCAAAGUACCGGAUCAGUGUGCCCCAGAAAUUUCCAUCAACCCCUUUCAUAUUUAAAUGGAAGACCGAACGGAUAACGAUUUAA